AUGAAACCACCAAGUCUCCCGCGACUCCCAGUCUCAGCGAGACCUGAGGCCAUUAUUGAUGUGUACAAAGAAUAUGGAUGUGUAAUUAUUGGGGGGCUUCUCAGUCCAUCCGAUGUUGCCUCUAUGAAUGAGGAUAUUGAUCCUGGGCUGGCAAAACUUGCUCCCGGUAAGGGUGGAUUGCCGCUAGAAGAGUUUCUGGGCACGAACACAAAACGAUUGCCAUUGGUGCCAAACAGCCGUACUUUCCGCGAGGUGAUGUUGGAGAACAAUCUGAUGCACGCCCUGAGUGAAGCAAUUUUAUGUGACAAUCCUGGCGAUGGGUAUCAUAUCAACUGUGCGCAAGUGAUUGAGAUCGGUCCCGGUAACGCGGCACAACCACUGCACCGAGAUCAGAGUGUAUGGCCAUUUUGGGACCUGAUUCCAUCUCCAGGACCAGAAGCUUGCAUUAACUUCUUUUGUGCCUUGACCCCGUUUACGGAGGCCAACGGCGCCACGAGAGUGGCCCCGAAAACGCACCUUGACGUUGACCUAAACAAUUUAAAUCCUCCCCAACUUCUGCCAGUUGAGAUCAACCCCGGCGAUGGAUUUCUCUUUUCCGGCAGACUCGUUCAUGGUGGUGGAGAGAACAAGACGAAUGAGUAUCGCCGUGGUGUGACAAUCCACCUCGCCCGCAAAGGUCUGAUGACGGAGGAAGCACAUCCACUAUCGAUCCCUCGCGAGAUUGCAGAGACCAUGUCUUACAGGAGCCAGGCUAUGUUUGGCUUUCGGAGCAACUGGCCGAUCAAGGAUGGACCCGUUGGGACCUACUGGGCCAGUAACUUCGAGGAGAUUGGCGGCCAUUUGGGUCUGAAGUCUACCUAG